AUCGCGAAAGAUAAAAGAGCCGAGAAGGAAGAGCCAGAGUUUAGGUGCCUCCGGUGCGUCAGGGAAGGGGGAGCCCCUGGGUCACGUGACCGAGCUGCGUUUGAGCGCAUUAACGCAGACUGUAAAUAGAGAGUGUACAUAGUGUGAUACCGUGAGUGCGUGAGGUUUUAGUUGGCAAUGAGUUCAAGCAACAAAUCCUUGGUGUCCUCUGGUGGAAGAGGCACCAAUAAAAACAAAUCACAACAUGGCAAAUCAGAUCAUCAUCAAGCUAAAUCAGAUUCGACAAAACAUGACAAGGCUCAGCAAAAUACUAAUCAGAUCCGGCACGCACAAAUCAUCGACACCAGAAUGGCGGGAGGUGAGGAUCCCAUUCUGAAGGAGCGCAUCAAGCAGGUCAUGGACAUGACUCGACGCUCGGAAGACGAGGUGAUCAUGGCUCUGCACGAUAGCGACGGGGAUCUCGAUCGCGCUGUCAACGAUCUUCUGGAGGGCGUGAAAACAGAAUGGGAAGUGAAAAAGAAGAAGCCGCGCCAACCUAGCGGCUCAAAACAGAAUGCGGAUCAGUCGGGCGGCCAGGAUGACAGCGGCGAUUGGGAGGAACGACGCAAUCAGCGGAGUGGUGGCGGUGCCCCACGUAUGCGAGGCCGCGUCAAUCACGACAAUCGUGGAUGGCGUGGACGAGAAAACAAGGAGAAUGAGAGGAACAUGGAGGACGGCGUUCGCGACGGCAGCUACAGCAGAAGAGGCAGAGGUGCCGGAAGAUCAGGUCGUGGAGGUCGCGGCGGCGGCAGAAGUCUUGGUCCAAGGACAUUCGCAAACCGCAACGAUUCAGUGUCUGGCUCUACCGCUCAUAGCUUCAAUCGGCCGAUUGACACCUGGACAGGUGAAGAGCAGCAGCAGAGUAUUCAGGAACCAAAAAUGGAUGCUUGGAAUAACUUGGAUUCUACAGAAGACUGGGACAACGAGGAAUAUACAGGAUCCUGCGACACCAAGGUCUUUACACCGAGUGCGAACAUCCUGGAAGCUCCACCUGCUUUAGAAGAACCAAAGCCUCAGGAAAUAUCGCAGACGCAAUCGGGCCAAGGGGUCAAUCUGUCGUUACUCCAGCAAGAGGAAUUACCAAAAUUGUCCGAAAUAUCCGCGUUGCAGCAGCAGAGCUUAAUACAGCCUCAACAACCGCAGCAGCAGCAGCAGCAAGCUGUAUUAGGCUUACCGACAAUGCAAUUGUCGCAGCAACCCAGCGCUAUUAGCAGUGGUGUACUAACAGCAGCGCAAACACAAUAUUUGACGCAACUCACUCAACAGACGAGUGAGAACUUAAAAGCGGCUGGACAAACGUCGUUUUCGUCAUCCAUGUCUACCCAAAGACAAACGAAGCAACGUCCAAGAGUUCCUCCACCGUCAAAGAUCCCAUCGAGCGCUGUAGAGAUGCCGGGCGACGCUGUAAAUAGUGGAAUCGGAUUUCUCGACGUGCAGUUCGGCGCGCUUGAAUUCGGUAGCGAUUCGAGCUCCCUAGACGGCUCAGCGAACGAGAAGUAUAACUCCACAAAUAGUACAAUUCCUGGCGUGGACAUGACUUCCGGUGCGAGCACCGUAAACACUGCCAAUACGAGUAAUUCGCUCGACAUUGAAACGACGCAGACUUCCACCGCACCGUUCAACGCCAGCUCUCAGAUGUUAUCGAGUGCCGACAAUCUGCCAGUCUCGAGCGAGCAUUCGAUCAGCUCCCAGAACUUCACUCGCGGCAGUAGCACCGGCCAGAGCUUGGACAUAACUAAGCAAGAUUUCACGUCGCAAGUCUCGCCCGGGAACGCACCGACGUACGGCAGCGCGACGACCUACCAGUCGUCGCAGAAGUCGUUCCAGCCGUCGAGCGGCACGCCGAGCACUUACAACGCGUACUCGAAUAACCAGUCCUCGCAGUCCAGCUUCCAGAACGCGUCGGCCGCCAGUACAAAUAGUUAUUCCGCGACGGCAACGGUCUCGCAGGCGAGCUACAACUCGACAUCGUUCCCGCAGUCUAACGCGUCGACCUUCAAUCAAGCGUCGCCCUCCGCCUCGGCGUCCGUGACUUCCGGUUACAAUCAACCCACCACCAGUAGCCAGGUCUAUCAACCCACGAGUGGAUACGUAGCGGCAACGACAUCGCAGUACGCGCAAUCCGUAGCCACCAAUACGGUGUCGAACAGCAAUGCCGGAUAUCAGGCUUAUCAGCCUGCUUAUCAAUCUUCCGUCACGACGUUCACGUCGCCGAUAACUCAGAGUUCCGGUGCUUACCAGAGCGCCGCGCAGUCUGUCUACGCGAGUCCCUACGGCAGCUACGCUAGUCAACCGCAAGCGACGUCUCACGCGAAUCAACUGAACAGCACCGCGACGAAGGACUCGCAAUACGAUAGCAGCGCGACGACGUCGAACAGUUCUCUUGCGACGACCAGCGCGCCGACGUUGGGUCUCACCUCGGCCUCCGUCAACAGUUCGCAGACCAAAGUCACGAACUCCAACGCUGUACCGAAAGCACGUCGAGCGAGCGUAGUAGUGACGGACAGCGGUAACAUGACGGGCGGCGGCGCGGCCGGAAGUAUGACCCCGAUGCUGAGUCAUCAGUACAUCAUGGGUCAGGCGGCGGGUGUACCUGCGUACGCGGCUUUCCAGCAACCGGUGUACAGCUAUGAGGACCUGCAGUUGGUGCAGCAACGGAUACCACACAUGCCAACUACUGGUUACUAUGACGCGGCCCUGGGCUAUCAGAACGGUCCGGCUACGAGUCUCGGUGGUGCUAGCGACGCGCUCUCCGGCGUGCAGGGUGUUCAAGGUGUGCAAGGAGUGCAAGGAGCCUAUACCAGUAUUAGCGACGCCAGGUUCGCCAGAAACGACAGUAACGCAUCCCCGGUACCUUCCACUAUGUCGCAGCAGACUGCCACGCAACAACCGAUGAUGAAUCCCACUCUUCCCCCGGGAUAUGCGUACGCGUUUACGUACAGCAGCGGAAUUAUGCCGGGAGGUUUUCAAUAUGGAACUCCCGCCAUUUAUCCGGAAAUAAAAUAUCACGACGGCCGGAACGCUGGUACAAACAGCGGCGCGUACAGUGCCAAGCCGGGUAGCUAUGGAUCCGGUUACGGUGCAGGCGCGAGCUACGAUGCGCUAGCCUCCGCCGGCCCAUCCGGAGAGUACAAAGGCACCGGCAGCAGUUAUACUGGCACUCAGACCGGCAAGACCGGCACUUCCACGGGGAAUACUAAUACCGCUGGUUCUUCCGCUACGGAUAUCAGCGCCACGAUGUACGCCAAGAGUCACGUGGCUCUGGGAAAGGUCAAUUCUUAUGAAAAGCAGGCUUUCCAUUCGGCCACUCCGCCGCCGUUCGGUCUUACGGGUAGCCAAAACGCAGGUCUGCCAGGUGGUUACGGCACGCCGCACUUGUUCAUCCCGACUAUACCGCAUCAGCUGCAUCAGCCACUUCACCAGGACGGCGGCAACAGCACGGGCCAGAGGUCCAACACGAGUUCGCAGAAUAAAGCUCAAGCAAAGCCUGGAUACAGUCCGAGUUAUUGGACCGGCAGCAAUUAAAAAGGAAAAGAAACGAAGCGCUUCGGACUUGACAAACACAUACACAUAUACACAAGAUGAACAACACGCAACACGGCGAAUCAAUACAACUUUACUAGUAGAGAAAUUAAGUUGUUUGCCACAGUUGUGUGAGAAAUACGAGAGGUGGUACGAGACUUUUACUCUUCAUUCCGCAUUGACUCGUGUGUUUAUAUAUCGGAAGGAAAGAUAUUUUGACUCUGACAAGAUGAUAUAACUCUUAUAGUUCUUUUUUUUCUUUGUUACUUUCAAUAAUUGGCGACGUCAAUGAGAAUGGAAUAAAGAGUGAAUAUUUUGGAAAAUUGAAAAGUAUAUGCAAUUAUUAAACCGGAUGCUUCCUCUUCAAUGGUUUGUAGCGAAUAAUGAACUAACUCAAUUGUGAUCUUUAUUAUAUUGUAUUUUCAUUUUAGCACAUUUUCGCAAACUACUUGUUUAAUAUCAGAGUAGAAAAUGCGCGAUAUUGCGUCGAAAUAAUUUUACGCAAUGAUACGUGCAAAUUCCAUAAUAAUAAUUUGCAUAUUCUUUUCAAUUGCGAAUUGCACUCGUGCCAAAUGAAAUUGUAGCGUUUAUAACGCGAUGAUCUGCGGGAGACUAAUCGUUUAUGUUUAUAUCGAUCAUGAUAAUAAAUCCUAUGACAUAAUCGUGUCAAAAUUUAUGAUAAUUUCGGACACGUCGCGCAAUACGACAAAAAGCUAGGUAUCGUGAUUUUGUUGUACGACGCUACCGGAAGAGAAAAAAAAGCGGUAACAUCCGUAGAGUUUGCACUUAGAUCUCCCGUCUGUAUAUUACAGUGCAAUUUCGAAUAUAUUGUAUCGACUGCUAAAGGGGUGAUACAUAGUGUAUCUUUAUAUUUCUCUUUUCUUUUUCUCGUGUAUAAUGUAUAAGCAUCUUGAUUUAAUAAAUAUGGAAGAAGUAAAACGCAUCUUUGUGCGUGUCGCUUAAAAAAAUAAGUGCGAGAAUAAAGAUAUACGUGUGAAAACGUAAACUUUUUAUAUAUAAUAAAUUUAUAGCGUUCUUAUUUUCGGUAUAUUUCACAACGAUCUUGGGGUAAGAAUUGCAAUCAUUGCACUUGCAUACAUUUAAUUUAAACACACAGCUUAAUGACUGGAAUUGAUUUCUAUUAUUCCUCUGAUUUCAAAGAAAACAAAAACAUAUAUACGUAUUUUACUUAUUAUGUUGAAAUUACAUAAUUUUCAGCCAAUAGAGAACACCAUGUAUGGUAAUUCAGAUUUUUCUAUUGUUGCAAAAAAAAUCGAAUAUGCCACAAGUAAUGCUAAAUUUA